AUGUUUCACAACACAUUCCAAAGUGGACUAUUAUCUAUCCUAUAUAGUAUUGGUAGCAAACCCUUGCAACUCUGGGACAAACAGGUUAAAAAUGGUCAUAUUAAACGAAUAACAGACGAGGAAAUUCAAUCAUUUGUUUUAGAAAUUUUCGGAGCUAACGUUAGCACUUGCUUUGUGUCAUGUCCACUCGACCCUAAAGCAACCUUAGGUAUUAAGCUUCCAUAUUUUGUGAUGAUCGUUAAGAAUAUGAAGAAAUAUUUUACUUUUGAAGUUCAGGUUUUGGAUGAUAAAGGGGUUAAACGACGGUUCCGAGCUUCUAACUAUCAAUCGAGCACAAGGGUGAAGCCUUUCAUUUGUACAAUGCCUCUUCGUCUGGACGAGGGCUGGAAUCAGAUCCAGUUCAACCUUGCUGAUUUCACUAAGAGAGCUUACGGAACAAACUACGCUGAAACACUACGUGUACAAAUUCAUGCCAAUUGCCGGCUGCGGAGAGUUUACUUCGCUGACCGUUUGUAUAAUGAGGAUGAACUGCCAGCCGAAUUCAAGCUCUAUUUGCCAAUCAGAGGAUCAUCCUCGUCUGUCCCCGUGACGGGCACAAGUGUUACCGAAUAA